AUGUCAUUUGGUGGCCAAUCGAACGCCUGGCAGCGCAACAUGAUGCAGCAAGGCCAUCCGCAAUCGAAUUCAUUUCCACAAUAUGGUGGAUUUCAGAACAAUAUGGCUUCUGGAUUUCAUGGCGGCGGUGGUGGUGGUGGCGUCGGAGGAGGUGGAAAUAUGUACCCCAACGCAGGUGGUGAUGGCGGUGUUGGCGGAGGCGGUGGUGGAUCGGUUCAAUAUCCCAUACGAACUGGUUUAAAUCCAGUUGCCUUUCAAGGCAGUGGUGUGGGAGGUGGCGGUGGUGGUGGUAUGCCACCACAGAAUCGCCAUUACAAUUCCAUUGGAACGGUGACAAAGAUCAGCAACGAUUGCGGUUUGGUCAACAAUGAAGUGUUCUUCUAUCGCAAUGUUUGCAAGGGGCCCGAACCCAAGCUGGGUGAUCGUGUCAUCUUUGAGGCCAGCUAUUCGACAAGUGGCCAAUUCAAGUGGAAUGCCACCCAAAUACAAUUAAUGCCAUCCAAGCCGCCAAUGAUGAAUCAAAUGGAUGCAAAUUAUGGUAGUCCUGGACCAAUGUCAAAUGAUUAUCCACGAGGAGGAGGAGGUGGCGGCGGCGUCCAAAUGCAGCGACAUCCUUCACCCAAACGCUCUGCACUCUCACCCAUAAGACAUGAUCGUGAUCGUCGGGGUGGUGAUCGCGAUAGACACCGCCGUUCCUGGGAUCGUGAUGAUGACGACCACGACAGGAAGAGGCGUCGUGAAGAUAGAGAACAGCGAAGCCGUGAUCGUAAUAAUUCUCUAAAUCGUGGUGCAGGAGGAGCAGCUGCCGGUGGUGCUACUAGAGAUAGAGAACGUGACCGGGAUUACAGACGCAAUGAUCGCAGCGAUAGAGAUCAACAUCGUGAACGAGAACGUGACCGUGAUAGGGCUGAUAGACCUGAACGCGGUGAUCGAGUGGAGAGGGAACGUGAGCGAGAUCGCGACAAGGAAAAGGAACGUGAAAAGCCGCGUGACGCGGCUGUGGAGAAGAAUCAGAGUGUGGUACCCAAGGGUGGUCGGAAUCGUGCUAUACGUCGUUAUAUGAUUCAAAUACCAAAACAUUUGUUGGCACUCAAAUAUGCCGAUAUUCAAACCCUACGCAAUCGUUAUUCAUCACUCUAUAUACCAUCGGACUUUUUCCAUGCCAAUAUCAAAUGGACCGAAACAUUUACACCCGAUAAUCCAUUUUCGCUGCGACGACCCUGUCAAUUUCAUUUAAUGGAUAAAAAUGCCGAAUCUCCAUUCGAACAACCUUCCCAGGAUGAACUAGAACCAGCUGAUGCCGAUUAUGUCUAUUCGGCUAAAGUAAUGCUUCUGUCGUUGCCACCAAUUGCCGAAAUUUAUCGGAAAUGUUUUGAAAAUAAUAAUAAAGAUGAUGCGGAUCAUCAGCAACCGGGACAUUUAUCACGUCUCAUUAAUUUUUUGGUUGGCCUCAAAGGCUCCAAAGAACCAAUGGCCAUUGGUGGACCAUGGUCACCAUCGCUGGAUGGUGAAAAUCCGGAUACAGAUCCAUCGGUAUUGAUACGUACAGCGAUACGUACAUGCAAAGCAUUGACUAAUAUUGAUUUAUCCAAUUGUACGCAAUGGUAUCGUUUUAUGGAACUCUACUAUCAUCGUUCCGAGUAUAAAAACAUGGAAAAAGGUGGACCGCCUCGUGUUGAAACUGUGGUCAUAUUCUUGCCGGACAUACACUCCUGUAUGCCCUCCAUUGCCGAAUACAAUACGAUGGUGGGCCUCUACAAGGCCACGGCUGAAAAAAUCAUUUCUCGUCGGGCUGCUGCCACAACAAAGGCUAUCGCUUCCAAGGCCGCGAAUGCCGACAAUGAGGGGGCUGCAACCAAACCCUCGGAUGACAACAAUGCUGACGGAGACGAAGAAAAUGCCCAGCCGGGUGAAGAAGAAAAUAUGCAAGGGGGCGACGAAGGUGAUGGUGAUGAUGGCGAAAAUAAUGCUGUGGUUGAGGGGGAGGAACAGGAGGCUGAGGGGGAAAAUGCCGAUGCGGAUCAGGAUGAACAAAUGGAUAAUUCAGGUGUUGAUGCCGCGGAUGGUGAACCAGAUGAGUCAACUACUCACCAGGAUAAUGAUGGUGAUGAUGACGACGACAUGGGCCACCAAGAGGACCAUGUCCCCGAUGCUGAGGCGGCUGACGAAAAUUGUGCUGCGUAUAUUUUACAGGAGGAACCCACACCAGAACCUACCCACUACUCGCUAUUGGAUUUGAAAAACAUGAAGGUUCAAGAGAUACGUGAUGAACUAUUGGCCAGAGAUUUAUCGGAUAAGGGCGUUCGCAAUGUGGUCAUGGCCCGUCUGGCCAAGGCCUUAAAUACGGAAAAGCGUGAAGAAAUCAAAGCCAAGAAUCGUGAAAAACAUCAACAAAAAAUGGGCGGCUCAAAUAAAAAAGCGGCAAACGAUACUGCCGCCGCCGAAGCUGCUGACGAGGAUGUGAAUGCCAAAUUGGAUGAUAGUACCAAGGAUUGGGCCGACGCCAUUGAUUUUGAAAUGAGCGAUAUUGUCAUAUUGGAUGAAUAUGAUGCCAAUAAAAAUAAUGAGGAUAAGGCCAUGUCUCGCCGGGAAAAGGCAAAACUGCUGCGCCGCUACACAUUGCCCUCUACCCCACAAAUUGUGGUGCAUCCAAAUAAAUUGGCCAAGGGUGGUAGUUUCGAUUGUGCCCUAAUGUCACUGCAGGUCUUAAUGGAUUAUCAUCAUGCCGAUACCAAAGAGAGGAUCUUUGAGUUAUCCCUAUUUGCGGAACUCUUCAACGAGAUGUUAAUGCGUGACUUUGCCUUUAACAUUUACAAAGAGAUACAUAUUUACAAUAGCAAGGAUCACUCUGCUGCGGAAGAUAAUAAUGAGGCUGGAACUGCUGCUGCUGGAGGAGAGGAAUCGAAAUCCGCUGAUGGCGAGGAAAAUAGUGAAGGCGCAAAAUCUACCGCCGAUAAUAAUGGUGGUGAAAAAUCAUCGGAUGAUGGCAAAUCGGGAUCAUCAUCACGCAAACGACGCACAAGCACCAAGGAUCCACAAGAUUCGGAGAAGGCAUCAGAGAAGCCACCACCAAAACGUCGUAUGAGUACAAUUGAUGGCAGGGAAUUGGCCAUCGCCUCAGGUGCCACCGAUGACCAACACAAGAAACGUCAUGGCAGUACCGUGGAUGGUCGUGAUGCUGACGAUUCCAAAUCGACUGAUAGCAACAAAAAAGUUGUGGUCGCCAAACCACUGUUACUCUUAUCAUUCCUCUAUUUUGAUUCCACCCAUUGUGGUUAUAUUUUCGAACGCGAUUUGGAAGAUUUGUUUAUGGUGUUGGGUUUGAAUCUGUCGCGUUCACAAAUUAAAAAGGUUUUGUCGAAAAUUGGCACCCGGUCUUUGGUUCAUUAUCGUAAACUUACCGACAAAAAGGAAUCGGCCGAUGCCUUGGCCAAAAUUGAAGAUGCCGAUGAUUUGGAUUUGGAAGAGCUCAAAGAUAUUGCGGCUGGCAAUAAUAAAUAUGAAUUUGUCUUUGGCGAGACUCAGCACAGCAAUUAUGCCAUACCGAUUGAGGGUGAUGGAAAUGAAUCCGAUUUGGUUCAUUACAAUGGUGCCGUCAUUCACGUGGGCAAAUUAAUGGAACAAAUUAAACGUACCGAAAAAGAGUUAUCCGAUAUGGAAAAGCUGUACAAUGAUCUGGUUAAGGAGCACAGCGAUUUGCAAAAGGAACAGAGCAAGGCCAAGUCCAAAAUCAAAGACCUAUCCGAUGAUACAAAGAGUUUGCGUAGGAAGUUGACCGAUACCAAUCAGGAACUUUAUACCUUGACUCGUAAAUAUCGAGAUCAAAACUCAACAUUGUUGUAUAUCUAUACCCGGGUGGAACCCUACUUCUCCAAGGAUAAGGACAAGGAUUCCAAAAAUGAAAGUUCCCAUAAGGAUGACAAAGAUUCGGAAAAGGAUAAACACCGGGGUGAUAAACACUCAGACAAGGAUCAUUCCAAGGAAAAAUCCAAAGAAUCUGAAAAAGAUAAAACCAAGGAUAGAGAUCAUCAUGACAAGGAAAAAUCUUCCAAUGUCAUCAAAUCGGAAAAAGAUAAAGAAAAAUCGAAGGAAUGUGAAAAGGAAAAAGAGAAAGAAAAACCAGUGAAGGUGGAAAAAGUCGAAGCCAUGGAGACAGAUAACAACACCAGUGAAGAAACAAAGGAAGCACCAGCAGCAGCUGUUACCAUUAAAAAAGAAGAGGAAAAGAAGGAGGCCACAGAAAAACCAAGUGAAGAGAAGAAGGAAAACAAAGAGCAGGCUACACCAGCUGCUGAAACUCCAGCAAAAGAAACCAAACCGGAAACCAAGAAAACUGAGGAAACUGCCGUAAAGGUAGCUGCUGAAACUCCCAAGAAAUCUGAGGAAGAGAAAAAGGAGGCUACUAGCGUAACAACCAAGGCAGCCGCCACAACAAAACCUGCACAAACAAAUGGUGCUAAGCCAGCAGCAGCCGGCAGCAAACCAGCAGCAGGUGCGACAACUGCUAACAAGGCCACAACGGCCGCCAAGGCAACACCAGCCAAAAAUGUUGCAACAAAGACGGCAGGUGGGGCCACACCAGCCAAGGUCAACAAACCAGCCGCUGGUACACCAGCUAAACCCGCUGCUGGCACAGCAGCCAAACCCGCUACUGGCACACCAGCCAAACUCGCCGCUGGUACCCCAGCUAAACCCGCCGCUGGCAAACCAGCAGCCACACCAGCAAAACCAGCUGCUGCUGGCGCUGCAGGCAAAGCAACAUCCGCAAAGGCUAACCCCAAUGUUAAGAAACCUGCAGGAACUGCAAAUAAAAAACCCAACACAGACAACUCUCAAAAAUAA